AUGGGUCGAAAGAAGAAGCCAACGAACGAGGAGAUAGAGCCCGAGCCUUUUUUUGUGGAGGAGCCUCCGAAAGACUUGAAGAAGAAGGAGAAAGUCGAGCGGGAGACAUCUUCAGAGCCCGAGCUUGAGCCCAAGCGCCAUGACCUCGAUCCGGACAUCCAGCAGCUUGCCUAUACCUUCAAGAUCGAUGCCGGCUUGACCCAGAAGCUGAACGACAUCAUGAUCGAAAAGAGGAUGAAUACCUGGGAGCAGGAUCUGGCGAGGCUCUACGAGAUCCUCAAGGAUGCGCACACGCCAGCAGCAAUGCUCAAUCUCAAGGUGAAGGACAUGCAGAAAGGGACUUUCGUGGGCAAGGCCAAGUGCGGGCCCAGGGUGCGAGAGCUGGCGCGCAAGCACAAGCUGGACAAGGGUGCCGCAACCAAGCUCGAAGAGGCGAUGUCGAUGAGAGAAGCCAUGGGAAAGGACGUCGAGAAGGACAUUUUCCUCUUGGAUGAGCACUUGACCGCCUCGAACAAGCCAUCCGCUCUGAUCAGCAUGAAGUUGGAGAGCCUCCGGAAGGGCUACAACAUUGGUCACUGCAUCUACAGCCGCGAGCCAGUGCAGGGCAAUACUGGUCCAGGUGUGGAUGGUGUGGUGGAUAAGAAGCGGCAUGUCCGCGUCCUGGGCUACACGGACGCCGACCUCAACAGCCGAUUUGCCUCAAACGAUGGUGGGAAGGAGGCGCGGGAUGGUACUGUCGCUGAGCUCCGUUUCUGUUAUGACGAGUAUUUAUCUAUCAUGGUGACGAUCUCGUUGCCGAGUGUGUCGAAGAUGAUGAUUUUCUCGAAGAUGGCCAGGAUGAUCUUGCUGGUUUGGGGUGAUGGCGAAUGCUCGAAUGCUCGAGUGGUGGUGGUUUGCACUUUGGUUGUUUGUGUGCCAUUUGCUGCUAGCUGCUAA